UAUUUUUUAUUUUUGCCCUUGCAGUAAAAUUAUUUCUCGCAUCGGAAUUGGAUCUUCACAGUUCUCGUGUAAAAGGAGAGGGAAACAAUGACUUGUGUUAUAUGCCCAACUUUUAACUCCUCACACUCGCCUGCGAUUUAACCCAUCGCUUCGACCUCGCUGCGACUGAUCGCUGAUUCUCUCAACUCCGACUCCACUAUUUGCCGGCGACGUCACCGGCUAGAUCUCUAAUCAGGAAGCGGUCCUUUGUGACCAUGGGCACUGAAUACCCCAAUAGGCCAAACUUUCCCUCUAGGCCUGCUUCUACACCUUUCGGUGUUCCGCAGAGUUCAACUCCUUUUCAAUCAUCUCGUCCAGUGGUUGGAUCUGAUGCUUCUGCUUUUCGUCCUGCUCCUCCUACUUCUUCUCCGACCAUGUCGUCUCCUUCGUCAUCUGGCCCCAUGGUUGGACCAGGGAUCUCUACUUUUAGACCGAUGCCACCCGGUAUGCCUAAUGAUGCAGGGAGGCCACCUCCAACAUCAGCACCUCCAUAUGGGCCGACAGUCUCUGGCCCUUUUACACGUUUCCCAGCACCGCAGUUUCCUUCUACAGCUCAGGUACCACCUCCACGUACUUCAAUGCCGGGGCAGCCUGUUGUAGCAGCCCCAGUUAGACCUGUUUCAGGUCCUUUCUCAACACCUCCUGUUGCCCAUCAUCCACAAAUCCAACCUCCUACGGUUCCGAUGGGAUCUCCUCCUCAAGGUGCAUACACACUGCAGCCUAAUUCUAAUGUUCAUCAGGCUCCCAUGCAGUCCCAGUUUUCUGCUGCCAGAGCAACCACACAGCCAUCUUCUCCUCUAGGAGGUUCAGCUUAUCCUGCUGCUAGACCUGGCUUUCAAUCUGCUUUUCCUGGGUAUAUAAGUCAGCAGUCUUCAGGGUUUGCACGAGCGCCACCUAGACAAUCAGUACCAUUUCCUUCUCAGCCAGGUGGCUAUAUUCCACCAGUGCCAGCAGCUUCUAGCCCCUAUCUUUCUCAACAAGGAGGGUUUGGAGCGCCACCAGCUGUAACAUCUCAACGUCCAGGAUCCAUGCCUCCUACGUCGGCUAUGCAGGGUUUGGUGGAAGACUUCAGUUCCUUUUCAAUUGGAUCUGUUCCAGGAUCAUUUGAUUCUGGCCUUGACUCAAAGGUUCUACCGAGACCAAUUGAAGUUGAUCUUGAGCGUAACGUUUUGUCUGAGAUGUAUCCCAUGAACUGUAAUUCAAGAUUUUUGAGGCUGACAACUAGCGGCAUACCAAAUUCUCAGUCUUUGGCUUCAAGGUGGCACUUAUCUCUUGGAGCAGUUGUUUGUCCUCUCGCCGAGGCACCUGAUGGGGAAGAAGUUCCUGUGGUUAAUUUUGCCCCAACAGGUAUCAUCCGCUGUAGAAGGUGUCGCACUUACGUAAAUCCUUAUGUGACAUUCACUGACAGUGGAAGAAAGUGGAGAUGCAAUAUAUGUGCAUUGCUUAAUGAAGUUCCUGGUGAAUAUUUCGCCCAUUUGGAUGCCAGUGGCAGAAGAGUCGACUUGGAUCAAAGGCCUGAACUUACCAAAGGCAGCGUGGAGUUUAUUGCUCCAGCUGAGUACAUGGUCCGGCCUCCAAUGCCUCCCCUGUACUUUUUUCUCAUCGAUGUAUCUUUGACUGCUGUGAGAAGUGGAAUGCUUGAGGUUUUAGCACAAACAAUCAAGAACAGUUUGGACAGCUUGCCUGGAUUUCCGAGAACACAGAUCGGGUUUAUAACUUAUGACAGUACAGUACACUUUUAUAACAUGAAGUCGUCCUUGACUCAACCUCAAAUGAUGGUCAUGUCAGAUCUCGAAGAUGUAUUUGUUCCAUUGCCAGAUGAUCUUCUUGUCAACUUGUCAGAAUCAAGAACUGUGGUAGAUGCAUUUCUAGACAGCCUUCCUUCAAUGUUUCAGGAUAAUGUGAAUGUGGAAUCAGCUUUUGGUCCAGCUCUUAAAACAGCCUUCAUGGUUAUGAACCAACUUGGCGGUAAAUUGCUGAUCUUUCAAAGCAGUCUUCCAUCACUUGGUGUUGGCCGCUUAAAACUGCGAGGAGACGAUCUUCGUGUUUAUGGAACUGAUAAAGAGCAUACAUUGAGAGUACCUGAAGAUCCUUUCUAUAAACAGAUGGCUGCUGAUUUCACCAAGUAUCAGAUAGCAGUCAAUGUAUAUGCUUUCAGUGACAAAUAUACUGACAUAGCUACUAUAGGGACGCUGGCAAAGUAUACAGGUGGUCAGGUAUACUACUAUCCAAAUUUUCAAGCUUCUAUUCACAAAGAUAGAUUGCGUCACGAGUUAGCCCGAGAUCUUACAAGGGAGACUGCUUGGGAGUCUGUCAUGCGCAUAAGAUGUGGAAAAGGUGUUCGUUUUACAACUUAUCAUGGGAACUUCAUGCUGAGAUCCACUGAUCUAAUAGCACUUCCUGCUGUCGACUGUGAUAAAGCAUAUGCAAUGCAGUUAUCCCUUGAAGAAACACUACUCACUUCCCAGACAAUAUUUUUCCAAAUUGCUCUACUAUACACUUCAUCUUCUGGAGAAAGGCGCAUUAGGGUACACACAGCAGCAGCACCUGUUGUUUCAGAUUUAGGAGAAAUGUAUCGCCUGGCUGAUACUGGUGCCAUCAUUUCUCUUUUUACUAGGCUUGCCAUUGAGAAAACUCUGACCUCUAAAUUAGAAGAGGCUCGAAAUUCUAUUCAACUCAGGAUUGUGAAAGCUCUUAGAGAAUAUCGAAAUCUCCAUGCUGUUCAGCACCGUGUGGCCGGAAGGAUGAUAUAUCCAGAAUCUUUGAAGUACUUGCCAUUAUAUGGAUUAGCUUUAUGCAAAUCAACUGCCCUCCGUGGUGGAUAUGCUGAUGCUCAGCUUGAUGAACGAUGCGCUGCUGGAUAUACCAUGAUGGCCUUGCCCGUUAAAAGAUUGUUGAAGCUUCUAUAUCCUAAUUUGAUACGUAUAGAUGAAUAUCUGCUAAAAAAACCAUCUUCACCCGAGGAGUCUAAAGACCUCUUGAAAGAGGUUCCACUUACAGCAGAGAGCUUAGAUCCCCAGGGUCUCUAUCUCUAUGAUGAUGGUUUCCGGUUUGUCAUCUGGUUUGGUAGAAUGCUUUCUCCUAAUAUGAUCCAGAAUUUGCUCGGAGAAAACUUUGCUGCUGACUUCUCUAAGGUGGUUUCACUUCAAGAGCUAGAUAGUGAAAUGUCAAGAGGACUGAUGGGUUUGCUUAAAAAGCAAAGGGAGAGUGACAGAUCAUACUAUCAACUAUGCCAUCUUGUGAGGCAAGAUGAACAGCCUAGAGAAGGCUUCUACUUGCUUGCAAAUCUUAUUGAGGACCCAGUUGGUGGUUCUAUUGGGUAUCAGGAUUGGAUUCUGCAAGUACACCGACAAGUCCAGCAAAAUGCAUAAUUAAGGUGUUCCAAAAAAGAGUGAAGGCUGAAUUUUUACUGCAUCUCUAAAGGAAAUUGAAACAGAAUAACUGAAAGACUACCAGUGAAGAGAAUGCCAUCACCUAGGGAUUUCUCCACUCUGAACCUAAAAUGACAAGUUUUAGUCUUCUUGUUGAUUGAACACUUACUAUUUUAGCAGGGUUCCUGUCUGUUCAAUGGUCUACCGAGUGCCGAUUCCAGAAGAAGUUGGGACUUGUUGCCACCCGUAACUAUGGAUGGUUCAUCCCAAAUCGCAAAAGCUUCCAUGGAAGAAAUCUGCCAUUAGUGUUAAUUCACACAUUGAUUGUUGCGCUUACCUGAUUUUCCAUGUACACUAGUUGAAGAACUAAUAUUUUCUCCUCGUGUUGGGAUCAUUUCAUACAUCUGGACCAGCCAUGCAUUAAGAUGUGGGAGGGAUGGGAAGAUUGUGCUCAUCCGUGUGUGCUAGCGCUGCCCCAUUUGCUUGGGGUGAACAACAUGAAAGAAAUGCUAAUUGACUAGUAUUUAAUUUCACGUGUUGUUCUGGUUAGAGUGACUAUCUUUUGGAUCUUGUUAUGGGGAUUAGGGUAUGCUUUUGAAUGGGACUCAUUUGCACUUUUUGUAGAGAUCUUGUACAUGCAUUUGCUUUGCAAUAUCUGAAUUUUUGCUGCCCGUAAUAAAUUUUUGUUGAGUUGAAA